AUGGGCACAGUUGCUCGAGAUUCCACAGAAAUAUUCCCUAAAGACAGUAGCGAAAAUGGUGUCUUGGCCGAUCCCAAUAAGCUUGAUGCUGGUGCUCUCUUUGUCCUUAAAUCCGAAGGCUCGUGGUUGCACUGUGGGUAUCAUUUAACUACGGCAAUAGUAGCACCUGCACUUCUAAGCUUGCCCUUUGCUUUCACCUUGUUGGGUUGGAGUGGUGGAGUUUUGUGUAUCACUGCGGCUGCACUUGUGACUUUCUAUUCAUACUCUCUUUUGUCUAUAGUUUUGGAGCACUAUGCCCAGCUCGGAAAGCGCCACCUUCGUUUCCGAGACAUGGCUCAUGAUAUUUUAGGGCCGGGUUGGGGCCGUUACUUUGUGGGCCCACUUCAAUUGGGAAUAUGCUACGGAGCAGUGAUUGCUUGCACGCUUCUUGGUGGACAAAGUCUCAAGUAUAUUUAUUUGGUAUCAAGACCAAAUGGGAGUAUGGAACUUUACCAGUUUAUUAUAAUGUUUGGAGGGCUAACCUUAAUCAUGGCACAAAUGCCAUCUUUUCACUCUUUAAGGCACAUCAACCUUGUCUCCUUAUUUCUUUGCCUUACUUACUGUGCUUGCACCACAGCAGGUGCAAUAUACAUAGGUUAUUCUAGAAAUGCGCCUUCGAGGGAUUACACCAUUACGGGAGUUGGAGUAGACCGUGCUUUUGGUGUCUUCAUUGCCAUUUCAAUUAUAGCAACUACUUAUGGCAAUGGAAUUAUUCCUGAAAUACAGGCCACUAUAGCACCUCCAGUUACAGGGAAAAUGUUCAAAGGGCUGUUGGUAUGUUAUUCUGUGGUGAUUACUACAUUCUUCAGCGUUGCAAUAUCUGGGUAUUGGGCAUUUGGAAAUCAAUCUCAGGGAUCAAUUCUUUCAAAUUUCAUGGCCAAUGGGAAGCCAUUGUUGCCCAAAGGGUUCCUUGUCAUCACCUAUCUCUCCACUCUCAUCCAAGUAUCAGCCGUCACUUUGGUGUAUUUGCAACCUACAAAUGUAGUUAUAGAGCGGCAGUUUGCAGACCCAAAUAAAGGUGAAUUAGGACUGCGUAAUGUGGUUCCACGGCUAAUAUUCCGGUCGCUGUCAGUGAUCAUCGCGACAACAUUGGCAGCGAUGUUACCGUUCUUCGGAGACAUCAUGGCAUUGUUUGGGGCAUUUGGUUGCAUUCCUUUAGAUUUUAUUUUGCCUAUGAUAUUCUAUAAUGUGACAUUUAAGCCUUCGAAAAGGAGCUUCAUUUUUUGGGGUAAUUCGCUCAUCGCUGCCGUCUCCACCGUGUUAGCAACAGUGGGGGCAGUUGCAUCAGUGCGGCAGAUAAUUUUAGACGCGAAGACUUAUAGGUUAUUUGCUAAUAUGUAA